AUGAAAAAUUCCAAAGGAGAGGUUGAUCAUGGAAAUUUGACUAUUGUUGUCAAUGUUGUGGUGCUUUGGAGUUCCGGUGGGUAUUUACGUGUCAUUCUCGCAUCUCUCCCCACCGGUUCUGCCUUAUCUUCCCCCCACCGCUUUCUCGCCACUCAUAUUCGGAUUUCACCAAACUACAGACGGGAUGACGCAGAUGACCAUCGACCGGACUCCGAUUUAGGUUCUCACGACGGGAUUGGGAUCGGAUACGUUCCGUUGAGCUCUUCAAAUCCUCGAAUUUCUUUGAUGCUUCCACAGUCGGUUCUCACGACGGGGCUGACUCCUGAUUUGUGCCACCGACAGCAACCCAACAGUCACCGCCAACUGGAGCUUCUAACCCCUUUUCGCCUGCUUCUCAAACGCUGCCACCAUGGGUUUGUACUGUUAAAAGAAAUGAAUUUGUGGUUAACAAUGGAGGCAACAGUGAAAAAGUUUCAGCAGAAAUUCAAGAGGGUGAAAGAUGACAUGGAUAAAUGGGAUAACCUUCAUGCUCAAUUAGUAUCACCGUUCAGAAAUGCUUCUUCCAUCAUUGGAAGGUUACAGUUGCUCGAAAGUCCCAAAAACUAUGGUUCCCUAAAAAACCUUGAUAACAUUAAAAAUAACAUCUUCACAAAACAGAUGGAAUCCCUUCAGAAGAUCUUGCUUUCAAUGACUAAAACUCUAUACUCACCGUUAUUAACUUCUCCAACCCUUUGCCAAGAACGAAGACUCAAGGAGCUACAAGAUAAACUAGAAGUAGUGAAAAUGGAACAACCACAAGGUCACGAUGAGCGUUAA